GACGCUUGUAUUUUUCCCGGCCGAUGACAUGGGCAAGUUACGGCUGCAGUUUAAGCUCUUCCACAAGCCCCUCUUCAGCUGGAAGGGCAGCUAUGUGGUCACCCAGGUCGGUGCCGAGCGAUCCGUCUCCUUUGACAACGGCAUCGAUGGCUCGGUGGCCGAGGACUGUUUCUUUGCCAUGCGCGCCUUCAGCCAGGGCUAUACGUUCAACUUCAUUGAGGGUGAAAUGUACGAGAAGUCGCCGUUCACGCUGCUUGAUUUCCUGCAGCAACGCAAGCGCUGGCUCCAGGGCAUCCUGCUGGUGGUCCACUCCAAGAUGAUACCCUUUCGGCACAAGCUGCUGCUGGGCAUCAGUGUUUACUCGUGGGUCACCAUGCCGCUCUCCACAUCGAACAUUAUCUUUGCCGGCCUCUAUCCGAUACCCUGUCCCAAUCUGGUGGACUUUGUGUGCGCCUUCAUUGCGGCCAUUAACAUCUAUAUGUAUGUGUUUGGGGUGAUCAAAUCCUUUUCGCUGUACCGCUUCGGACUGUUUCGGUUUCUGGCCUGUGUGCUAGGCGCCGUCUGUACGAUUCCCGUCAAUGUCGUUAUCGAGAAUGUGGCCGUCAUUUGGGGAUUGGUGGGCAAGAAGCACAAGUUCUAUGUCGUUCAGAAGGAUGUCCGUGCGCUGGAGACGGUUUAAGGGGCCGUGGCAAACCAAAUGAAACAAAGAUAUCGCACAAUGGCCAGGAUAUAUGCAUGCACACAUACACACUAUCUGAAUUCUGAUUUGUUUGUAAUUUCUAGGCCUA